CUGAAAAACCGUAGUAUACACGUAUUGUCAGGUUCCACUUUUACAGAAAAAGUCAUAUAUAACCGAUGAAAUGUGAAGGGUUUUCGGUCCACAUUUCUUGCAACUUCAGACCAAUACCAGACCGGAGAUUUCGGUAAAAAUCUUAGAGGGAAGGCAUGGGGAGGUUGUUUGUGGUGAAUCUUGAGGGGAAGAUCUAUAGCUGCAAGCAUUGCCGGACCCAUCUUGCACUUUGUGAGGACAUCGUUUCCAAGUCUUUCCACAGCAGGCAUGGGAAAGCUUAUCUCUUCAGUAAGGUGGUGAACGUGUCUGUUGGUGAAAAAGAGGAGAGAAUAAUGAUGACUGGCUUGCACACUGUUUCUGACAUCUUUUGCGUUGGGUGUGGAUCAAUAGUAGGGUGGAAAUAUGAGACUGCCCAUGAAAAGACCCAGAAGUACAAAGAAGGAAAAUCUGUACUUGAGCGGUUCAAGGUGUCAGGUCCUGAUGGAAGCAAUUACUGGGUCAGCCACGGAGCACAUAUUGGUGGAAGUGAUGCAGAUGAUGCUUGAUUACCCUUUACCUUUCAUUUUCAAUUGUACAUUCUUUAACCCCAAUGUUCUUAUUCAGCUCAUGUGAAUUUCGAACUUGCAAUUCCUCAUAUUGGCAGCUUGCCCAACUUGCUGUCAGUAACAUUAACGAAAAUAUUUGAUUGUUGAUUCCUAUUUA